CGUGGUUGACGCAAGGGACCCCAUUUAGAGCUCCACAAGAGAAAAGAAACCGCGAACGGCAAGCCAAAUACGAGCCGAAUCCCCGCUGUCACGAGCGACACGAAGCAGCAGACAGUCAUUCACACCAUCAUGACGUCCAAGACGUCUAAGAAGAAGCCAAGUCUGGCCGAAGUGAUGGAUGAGCUGCAGAGCCGCUUCCUGGUGAACCUGCCUGAGUCGGAAUUGGCCUCGAGCGAGCGCCUCUUCUUCCAGAUCGAGCAGUGCUUCUGGUUCUACGAGGACUUUUACGCCGACCAGUACGCGCAUCUGCAGCACGUUAAGCUCAACGACUUCGCCCGGCAGAUGUUCGCACACUGUCCGCUACUGCGACCGCUCGCGCACCGCUGCGACGAGCUGUUCCAGGAUUUCAAGACGUAUCAGCGCCAGGUGCCCGUCGUAGGCUGCAUCUUGCUCAACUCCGCGCGCACCAAACUUGUAUUGGUGCGCAAUUGGAAGGGUACGAGCUGGACAUUCCCGCGAGGAAAGGUGAACGAGGGCGAGUCCGAUAUGGAUUGCGCACGGCGAGAAGUGCUGGAGGAAUGCGGCUACGAUGUCGGGGACAACCUCGCGCCAAAGCAAUAUCUGGAGUUUGUGGCUAAUGAUCAGCGCAUGCGCAUGUACAUGUGCCCAGAUGUUCCUGAGGACUACGCGUUUGCACCGCAGACACGCAAGGAGAUCAGUACCAUCAAAUGGUUCACGUUCGAUGCUCUACCCAAGAAGACGUGGAGUGUCAUGCCCUUCAUGUCAAGAUUGAAGCGCUGGGUCAAGGGACACAAGACUUCCAAAAAGAAAAGCAGCAACUCUGCUCCAAACAGCACAGGACGUGCAGCUUCUGCUCCGCGGAAUCGCCCGUUGACGCUGAUUACGAACGGUGCUGCUCAACAGAACACAGAGAGUGGCAAGAAGAAGAAUCGCAUGGAGCGAUCAAUCUCGACGCCCCACAACGACAGACCAGCUACUACUGGUUCAAAGAAGGCCAGUCGCGGCCACUUUGGCACGGAAUUUGACACAGCUACGUCCUAUGACGGCUUAAAUGACGAGACGUUCGGGAACGCGAAGAAGGGCUUCAGUGUGGAAGAGAUGUUCAGUGUAAACGAGCGUCUGACGGGACAGAAGUUCGAGUAUGAUGGCAACCCACACGACUUUGGAAAGUCCACAUCGCGACCAACUGCAACGCGAGCGACAGCUCCACUAUUUAAUUCGAAGGGCCCGAUGCCGGUGCAGAUCCUCAGACGGCCUGCGUCAGCGCCGUUGAAGCGAGUGGAAGAGGAGACGUGUCCGUUGCCCAGCCCACCACGUCAGUCGACGGGCUCGACACCGUUCGGGUCCUUCCAGUUUGACGCCGUGGACAUCAUGGCCGUCGUGACGUAACUCUUCUCGAAGAGUGGCGUCGACAACCAGAUCGAAGGAAUGAACUAUCAGCCACAUAGGUCAAGUGACCGGGUCGACUGCUUCUUGCUCCCGUUUGGCAGGAGCAUGAGUUGCCUUGUCCCCAGAUACGAUCACUACCCUCACUGCAUUCAGGCGGGUCGGUCCUUCGAUUAGGUGUCACUUCAUGUUUUGCAUAUUGUUUUCUAGCUUUGUACCAUAGGAAAGCUGCAGGUCUUCCCAGUGCUCGCGGAGGAGGAGUGAAGAGCAUACGGGAUACCGGUAGCUAGGUGUUUUUUUAACACCGCCCAGUGUGAAAGAAAUUCAUCCCGCCCGGCACGGUGGCACAGACAAGAAGUCAUCGACAUCGUGGGCAACUGAUGCGAAAGGUGAACAAACGACAAGAGAAGAAUUCAGCAAAGACCAUACUAGUAAGUGGCUUCAGUUAUUGACGGGUUCGCGUGCGUGAUACGUUGGCUGCAGAUCCCCAAGUCCACGGCUAAUAGUGUAGCUAUCCAUCGCAGCAUCCACUCUCCUUGAAAGCUAGGCUGCAGUGCCUUCCUCGGUUGCCAUUUAUUCGCCAGGAGCGGUGGUGUAAGAGAUCCAGCACACGAGGAUGAGCUGCAAGCAUGACACGCUGCAAGAUUCAAACAUACGUAUAAGUGAGCAUAUGAGGGCAGCAAUAUUUGCCAGCAAUCCAUGAACCUCACCCGAAAAGCAGGUAGUUCCGGAAGAGGCGGUUCUCAGGAGAUGGCUCCGCUACGCUUCCCUUCAUGCAGUUAAGCUACAACACAUGACAGUAGUGGUUAGACUGCGAGCUUCAGGUACUAGUAUUUCCACAGUUCAUUAACUCACUGUGAAAUAUGACACGGCAACACCAGUGUACAGGAGGAACACGUAGUAAGCGAUCGAGCCGAGCAGCUGGAAGACGACCGCAUUGAUCACCAACGGAAUAUACUUGUAGCCGGAAAAAGAUACCAAGUCGAGGAACGAGAUCGAGCUGUUUAGCACGUAAAGACAGGCAGCCAGAACGCCGAUCUCGAUCAACUGCAUCACAAGACAGUAGCUCGCAUCCUUGGUGAUCACAUCCGGGCUGAAUCUGUUAUAAAAUAUCAUCGUGAGUGCUGCGUUUUGGAUGUAGCGGGAGCCAUCGCAACCUACUGGUUCGAAGUGCCUUUGGAGUAACCCACAAGCAAAAUGUAGGUCAGGAAUCCCAUCAGCGGGAUGUAGAGAUCCGGGGCAUUGCUAUCACGAGUAGGAGGAGCGUAUUGCAUCUGAAAAAUAUGGCAGCAACAUGUGGUUAGAACUUACAAACCCUUACAUUUGUAGUACUUGACGCACUGGCUUGGAUUCGUCUUGCU